AUGGUGUUCCCGGAUUCAGUCAGAGACAGACUGAGGCUGUCUUCAGAGGACGUCCUUCAUCUGCCUACGGACCAUCUGCAAGUAUCCGGAAACCAAACUCUCAAUACGGACUACCCAAAACUCCUUCCUCUCAGUAUGGAGUACCGAACAACCAAUAUCAAGGACAAAAGCAAGCACCCACCGGCCAAUACUUACCACCUACCAACCAGUUUCAAGCUUCUGGGAAUCAACAUCCAGCUCCGAGCCAAUACCAAGCACCUUCCCCUCAAUACGGUGCACCAGAUCAGGCUGGAUCCAAUGGUCCUUCUCAAGAGUAUAGAGCCCCUGGAUUUGAACGAAGUGGUAGUUACAACAAAUAUGACAACCAACAAAGCAAACAGUACCUCCCUCCCAGUGCUCGAGGAUAUGAUGAUGGAAGCAAUGGAGAGCCUGCGAACUACGACUUCAAAUACAUGGUCCAGGACGCUCCCUCCGGCAACGACUUCGGUCACCGAGAGUCACGACGAGGGGACCGCGCUAAGGGAGUCUACUACGUCGUCUUACCUGAUGGAAGGAAACAGACCGUUGAAUAUGAAGCCGACCAGGACGGUUUCAAGCCCAGAAUCUCAUACGAGGACGUCGGCGCCGGAUCAGGCUACGACAGUAACAGACAAGCGGAUUACAACAACGAUUAAAACAACGGACCUUAUAAAAAGACUUAAUAUAAAUAAGGCUUGUUUAAGAUGA